UCUGUGCAACACCUGGUCUGACCUGGAGGGUUUGCGACCUUUUCCCUUGAAUUGCACACAGCUUUUUAAACUGCAAGACCGGCAGCCUGAGGGCUGAAUUAAAAAGCUGUUGAACAGGCUCAGGCAGGAGACGGGAAAGGGGCGGGACACCGGAGACCACUCACUGCGCAUGACCGGAGCGCGUUGCUACGGCAACCAGGAAAGGCAUACCCGGAAGAAAAUGCUCGCGGCACCCAAAUACACCAAAGACUGUGCCCUGUCGGCUCCUCUUUACUGGUCCCAGACCCAUUUUUGACUAGAGCAAAGCAGAUGAGGAACUGAGUCCGAGACAAUGGAGCGGCCACGUGCUGAGAAGCCGGGGGACUCAAAAGAAAAGCACGGAGACCCGGCCCAGACGGACGUCUGUGCUCCUCAAGUUUCAGAAGAGUUCCUCAGGUCCUGCACUGAUGAGGUACUGAGUUCUGGUUCCAUCACCUUCUCUGGAGAACUGCUAUCCUGUUCACACACCUCUGAGAGCCCACUCGAGAAGGAAACGCCGACUACAAGUUCGAAAGAACAAGACAAGCAUUCAGAACUUUCAGUCUUACAGAAGGAUGAAAAUAAGCUGAGUGAAAAGUGGAUCAACCACCUCAAGAGCAAAGAAAUUCAUUCUGAAAGAUAUCAGUCCGACCGUGGACCCCCACCUGAAAUCCCCAAGGAAUCCGCAGAAGAACUGAGUGCCCUGCAGUCUUUUUGUACUAAAAAAGUAGACUUGAUCCAUCAGAGAGAGGAUUCAAGAUCUAAGAAAAGCAACAGACCUAAAAAGCUGCAGCUCAGAUGGAUUGCAGAGACCCCAGAGGUAGAUGCUUUCAAUUGUACGAUACCUGAUGAACUGUUGAGCAGAAUCUAUUUGGAAAACACGAGAGUGACUCUAGAGUACAUAGGGGCGAUUGCGCAACACAUUUCUUCGCAGUGUCCCAGCUGUAAUAGCAAAAGAGCAGAGCUGGCUCAGUCUGACUUCCUGAGACGAAGGAAGACUUUACUGCAGUCACUGCUACUCCAAGAGAAAAUAGAUGAACACCUUCAUACCACAGACUUUCUCACCCGUGUUGGGGAAGCACAUCAGGGCUUCCCCAGGCUUACAGAUGAUCCUAGGAUCAUCUGGAAGCGACUGACUGAGAAAAUGCAGAAGGGAAGUUCUGGCUUUGGGCGGGCAUAUUCAAAGCAGGUGUAAGAAGACCAUACAAGUCCUUUAACACUUCUCAACUAAGGUAUCCAACCAGAUAGAAGGGGCCGGCUACUAAUGAUGUAAUGUGCCCAACCAAGGGAUGGUGACUACUAUUGGUUAGUGAUAACAUGUGAUGUGCAUACAGGUACCUGGUAUGUAUUUGAGUAAUUAUCAUCUCUUGUAGAGGAAAUUUAGAAACUAAUGUAAGAUUUUCUUCUGCUUCCUUCCUAGAGGUCUAAAUCAUUCCAUCCAAUAGAUUUUUUUUUUUCACAUUAUGGAAGACAACUGGAGGAAUUGCAAAACCUUUGUAAUCUGGGGGAAGAUUAUAUAUAUGUAUACAAAUAUAUAAAUAUAUAAAAUCUCUCAGAGAGAGAGGGAGGGAGGGUAAGAGGGAGAAAGAGAGAGAGAGAGAAAGAGAGAGAGGGAGAGAGAGAAAAAGAGAGAGGGAGAGAGGUAGUUUGGAGUGGUGGUUGACAGUACAGAGAGAAAGACAUAAACAGAUGUUAGGAAGCAAUGACUAGAGCUGGUUUUGGUGUUGAAAUGGCUGUGGGGAUUAGGAUUCUGACUUGUGUACCUGUGUAUGUGAGUGAAUAGUAAUUUUCUUAAGACAGAAUUCCCUUUAGUUUCUGUCAACUUGACAAAAACUAGAGUCACUUGGGAAGAAGAAACCUCACCUGAGGAAUUGCCUCUAUCCACUGGCCUAGGGGCAUUUCUGAGGGAACAUUCACUUGCCUAAUGAUUGAUGUGGGAGGGCUUGCCCCACUGCCAUACUUAGUCAGGUAGUAUCAGGCUGUGUAACAUGGCAAGCUAGGCAAGCUAUGGAAAGCAAGCCAGUAAGUCACAUUUUCCCAUGCUUUGUGUUUAGCCCUUGCCGAAAACUUUCUGCCUUCAGUUCCUGUCUUUGCAUCCCUCCAUGAUUGACAAUAACCUAUUAACUAAAUAAAACUGUUUCUUCUCUAA